AUGUCUGAUAAUUUAAAAAGAGCUGAGUCGUUAUUUAAUAGAAUAAUGAACCAGAAUGCAGAAUCGUCGGCCAGUUCGUCUCCAUCAUCAACACCUGUCCAGGCUUUUCAAUCAUCUUUUCCACCAAGAUCGAAGUUUCAUCAUAGUCACCACAACAGUAAUAGCAGUCAUGCAAGUCAUGCAAGUGAAAACACUGUUAGUGAACAACCGCUUAAUCAGAAUCAGAGUCAGAAUCAGCAUCAACCCCAUUCUGGUCAAAGUACCUACCAUCAAGCCCCCAGUGGUCAUCAGGUUCAGUAUCUGGAAUUGGCUAAAUUGCCCAAAUUGGAUGCUGUUAAAUUGACUGAAGAAGCAUUAUCGACUGUGUCAGCAAAUGAUCAUGUCUUGGCUUAUUGUUGGACUGUAUGGCAUCACUCGAGAAAUAAGAAACAGCAAUUGCAGCUAUAUCAACAACAGCAACAGCAGCAACAAGAACCAUUGUCAAGCACCGCCGAUUCUGCAACAGCAUCGACUUCUAAUGAUGAAAGUACUAGCUCAUUGCAACAGCCAGGUGUUGACACUUAUUUACAAACUACAAAUCAGUUACAAUUUACUGAUGUAAACAAUCCAUCGACUACGAUCUCACACAUUGCGUCAAUUGAACAAAUGUGGACAAUGUUGACAUCCAUUAAAGCUAGCUUCAAUUUGAGCAUUGGUACCGAAUUUCUCAUAUUUAAAAUUGGGGUGAAUCCAGUUUGGGAAGAUCCUUUGAAUGCAAAGGGAGGUCGUUGGAUUUUCCGUUUUAGCAGAAAGGCUCAAGAUCAUCAUUAUCAUUCAAACAGAAAGGAUACAUCAUCAACAGCUGCAUUGUCUGAAGCAGCUGCACAAUCUUCACAAUUGCAAUCAGCCGAAAAAUUGAGGAAAAGAUCAGCAUUGAUUUGGGAACGGAUAGUGAUCAAGAUCCUCACUGGUAAUUUCAUUCCUCUGACGCAUGCAACUGAAAUCCAGCAUGUGUUGCACAAUGAUAUAUGUGGAAUUGUCUUGAGUGUACGUAGAGAUGAAGAUAUAAUCUCAGUUUGGAACUCAAAUUUGAAUUUCAAGAAACAACAACAACAAAAUGCAUCAGGCCUGGCUGAGGUUAAAAAGACAAUAACUCCAUUUCAAGCAAGACGUAUCAUAUGUGAUGCCAUAUUAAGAGUCAUUAGAGAAUGUGAUGAAAUUUUACUGGGAGCUGACUGUAUCAAGACAGUUGACAGUGGCUCAAAUGAACGUGUUGGCGGUGUUAGUUUUGAAUAUAGAUUACAUGUUGAAUCGCCAUUGAGUACAGAGGGUAGAGGAGAGAGAAAGUCUAGGUAUGGCGGGGGCAAGUAUUCGAGACAUAAUAAUUCCAACAAUGGUGCUGGUGGUAGUAAUGGUAAUGGAAGUAAUGGUAAUAAGGAAUAA